UGUCCAACGUACACAUAUAAACAUCAUCAAUGAAAAGUGUUUAAAUUAGUGUAAUUUAAUUUUGUCAUUGAUAUAAGUGACCCGCGUUAAUUUGAGAGUUGAAAAACGAAACAAACAUUUUUUCCUCAGCAGAAAAAGUUUUUAUUUACAUUUUCAAAUUUUUGGCUGAUGUGAUCCAACAAUUCUAAUAAUGUAAACAAAUUCAACACAUUCUGAUGUAAAACAAAAGAAAACAAAACAAGAAAAGAUCUGUCUGCCUGCUGUUAGUUCAUGCACCCUUGAUAGGGACUGCUAUGAAUGAUGACGUUAUUGAGGAAGGUCCAUGCCGUAAGGCGAGAGUACAGAAAAGAGCAUUGUCUCAUUAUAGCUUUCAGUUUCCGUCAGCAAGCAGAAGGAAGACUGAAGAUAAUCAAACAGAAAACUCAUCACAACGUUCACCAAAAGAUGCCACUAAAGCUUCACCAUCAAAAAUUUCCCCUCAAAAGAAACAAAUUUGGUUUAAGAGCACAUUUGCGGAGGAAGGUUAUGCAAACAUCCCGAAUCCCCAAAAUCCAGAACAGGUGAUAUCUCCAAUAAAAACAAGUGGCUACCGUAGAAAAGAAUCUAAAAAACUGUCAUCAACACCUUUAUCUCAGGAUAUUUUAAUAGACGAUGGUGAUUGUGAUGACGAGAGAGAUUUAUUUGAGAACAGUGAUGCUGAUCUAGCAGAGCUUGAUAUUUCUGGAAUUACUACACAGUAUGACAGGCAGCAAAGUGCUCUACAAACAGCUCAGCUCACACAUUCUGCUGAUGCCGUCCAGCAACAGAAAAAAUUCUGUAAUGACAGAACAGAAGAAUUCCAAAGAAAUAAACCAGUUCCUGGAUUAUAUGAAACACCACCAGAUGAAAUUAUUGCUCAACCUGAGAGCGCUGACCUCUUUUCGGGUCAGCAUCUUCCUCACUCGGUCAAAACUUAUUCGACCGAACUUUUCAGUCUGUCUCCACCUCAAAAACCAGCAAAGGAUUCAACUAAAACCAGUGGUGCAAAAGUAUCAGAAUCCAGUCCUUUCCGAAGAAAGCUUUCCAAAGAGUCGGUUGAUGCCGACCAUUUUUCACCAACUCGUAGUUCCCAGAGGGAUAUUUUCUCCUCAUCAAUCUCAACAAUGUUAGAUUCAAUCUUUGGAAAUGAUGAUUUUGAAAUCAAAAAGAAGUCACAGAAUCAUUUCAAGAAUCAGGAGGAGAAACAAAUCAAAAAUUCUUCAAAGGAAGAAAGUGUCCUUUCUAAGGAAGAUGACAUAAAUUCCAAAACUUCUCCAAAUCCAAAGACCACGGGUACAUCUUUUCUAAAGAAACGCAUCCACCAGCGCCUAUUCCAGAAUGCUCAGGGACACAUUUCACAAAACAUUGCUAAAUACGUUGAGAAAAUGCAACAUGAUAGGCGAGCUGAAGCAGAAGCAGAUCUUGAAAUUGUGCAGAAAGAGAAGGAAACGGGCCUUGGCAAUUUUGAUAUCGGCCCAUUCUAUGGUCUUCCUUUGAAAGUCAAAGAACUCUUUGAGAAGCAGAGAGGCAUCAAGAAACUUUAUGAUUGGCAGGAGGAGUGUUUGUCAUUGGCUGAACAAUCAACCAAUCAGAAUCUCAUUUACUCUUUACCUACAAGUGGUGGCAAGACUCUUGUUGCUGAAAUACUCAUUCUUCGUCAGUUGCUGUGCCAGAAGAAAAAUGCCAUGUUAGUCCUACCUUACGUUUCAAUCGUACAAGAAAAGGUGAAGACCAUUGCAGAACUGGCUGUUGAACUGAACUUCCAUGUAGAAGAGUAUGCAGGGAGCAAAGGUCGAUACCCACCACUUAAUCGUCACCAGAAGGGAACCCUGUAUAUUGCAACCAUUGAGAAAGCCCACAGUUUGAUCAAUCAAUUUAUUGAACUGAAUCGAAUGGGCAAAUUGGGAUUGAUGGUUGUUGAUGAACUGCACAUGUUGGGUGAAGGUGGGCGCAGAGGUGCUGUGCUGGAAGCAACUUUAAUUAAAACUUUAAGUUAUGGAUACUCCUGCCAAAUAAUUGGUAUGAGCGCCACAUUAAGCAACAUCAGUGACUUGAAGACGUUCCUGAAGGCAGAGCUUUACACGAAUGAUUUUCGACCUGUUACACUCACUGAAUACAUCAAGCUUGAUGACAAUAUCUAUCGUGUGUGUCCAAAAUUUUCCGAAGAGAUCCUAGUUCAUAACAGAGUGGCCACAUUUCAGUACAAAAAAGAAAUGUGCAAAAUAGAUCCUGACCAUCUGCUGGGUCUUGUAUUGGAAGUCAUUCCUGACAACUCCUGUCUGGUGUUUUGUUCCACAAAGAAAAACUGUGAAAAUGUGGCCACCAUGCUGACCAAAAUGUUGGCCAAAUAUAAAAGGAACUUCUUAGAUAUUCACAAAUCUCAAAAAAAGCAACUGCUGAAAGAUUUGAAAGCUGACAACAAUGGCCAUUUGUGCCCAGUAUUAGCACAAACAAUUCCUUUUGGUAUUGCUUACCACCACAGCGGGCUUACAAGUGAUGAACGGAGGUUGAUAGAAGAUGCAUACUCAUCUAACAUUCUGUGUUUAUUAGCUUGUACCUCAACAUUGGCGGCAGGCGUCAAUCUUCCUGCUAAACGAGUCAUAUUGCGCAGCCCUUAUAUCGGUAAGAACUUCAUCAGCAGAUCUCGGUAUUUACAAAUGAUUGGAAGAGCCGGUAGAGCAGGUAUUGAUGAAUCAGGAGAAAGCAUUCUGAUAGUUGCACCAAGGGACAAAGAAAAGGUUAAAGAUCUGAUCAGUAAGCCAAUGGAAAGUUGCCACAGCAGUCUGGCAUUUGAUGAUGGCAAAGGGAUUCGAUUGCUAAUCCUGUCUCUUGUUGGUCUUCAGAUUGCUACAGAUGUUUCAAGUCUCUUUGCAAUAAUCUCUAAUAGCUUGUUGAGUGUCCAAAGUAAAGAACUGGAAUGUGAUAUGAAUGAACAAACGAAAAACUGCCUUCAGUCCCUGCUGGACUUGGGCCUUGUUAAACAGAAACGAAAUACUGCUUCACCUGUAGAAAAUGCUGAUGAUAAAGCAGAAAACAGUUCCAGUUCUGCUAAUUUUAAUUUGGAUAUCAGUGAUUUAGGAAGGGCAGUAUAUAAAGGGUCCAUUGAUAUUGAUAUCAGUAACAAGCUGUAUAAUGAUUUAAAGAAGUCCACUGAGAUGUUGGUUGUGUCCAACUAUUUACACAUGCUGGCCCUUACAACGCCCUAUGACAUUGUCUCUACAAUAACACCUUCUUGGAUAAUUUAUUUCAAACAGCUGAGUAGCCUAAAAUCAGAUGAACUCUCUGUUGCCAAUCACAUGGGGGUCACUGUGAACUUUGUAGCUCGGAAAGCUUCUGGUCAAGUGGUGAAACAGUCUGUUGAUGAAUUUGCUGUGAACAGAUUUUAUCUAACCCUGAUGCUGUUUGAAGUGUGGAAACAGAAGACCAUCUGGGAAGUGGCUGAAAUCUUCCAAGUGCCAAGAGGUUUUGUGCAGAAUCUGGUCAGCAGUGCUUCGAGUUUUGCUACAUGCAUUUCUUACUUCUGCAAGGAAAUGAAAGAAUUCUGGGGCCUCAGUGCCUUAUUUGAGCCAUUCAUUCAGCAACUGUCAUACAGCACCAUUCUUGAUCUUAUUCCACUGAUAGAGAUACCUGGAGUGAAAAAGGGCCGUGCUCACCAGCUGUAUAAUGCUGGCUAUAAAACGUUGGCACUCGUAGCCAAAGCUAGCGUGAAGGAUUUGGUGAAAGAUAUAGAACACAUGUCCAAGAAACUUGCUCGACAGAUUAUCGCUUCAGCGCAGCUGCUUCUAGAUGAAAAGAGAGAAGCUUUGUUAGAAGAAAUUGAACAACUGGUCACCAUUCCUGAAUUUGCCAACCAACAAACUGAACAGAAACUUAGCGAAGAAACCUCGAACGUUAAAAACAAGGACUCCAACGAAACAUCGCCAACAGUAUUGUCUGGCAGUGAUUUUGAUGAAAUCCAAAAUGAAAUUCCUGAUUCUCUUCUAGAUGAUUAUGUUUUGUAGAAUUUUUUUUCUUUCAAAUAUCACAGAGAAAUAUUUAUUUUUUUAUCUCCUGUUUCUAUUUCCAUGUUUGACACUCCAUAUGUAUACAUAUGAACACACACACACAUAUCUCAUUUACAUCUAUAUAUGUAUAUAUAUGUAUGUUUUGUAUAUAUCAUCAAUAUCAUCAUCAUCAUCAUCAUUGUCAUUGUUUUAAUGUCUGUUUUUCCAUGUUUGCAUCAGUCAGAUUUUGUUGCCAGAUUUUUUUCUGGCUGGAUGCUCUUCCUGUUGCCAACCCCACCCCACCUGGUCCCAAGCAUGGUAAUAUUCUCCUCCCCUUCUCUUCCUCCCUUCAGACAUUUUCUUGGAAGACUGCAAACAAAUGACACUGCUUUUAUGAUGUUUUAUUAGUUU